GGUUGUCGGUCAAUCCCAGUGCGGCGGUGAAGCGGCAAUGGCGGAGGCGGCCUGUUUGAACGCCGUGACGCCGAUCCUCGGGAUCUGGCGUGGAGUUUAAGAGUCGUCGCUAGCAACCCGGUGUCAGCCAUUGCCCCCGAAUAACGAGGUACCGGUGCACUGCUGCUCGAAAUGCGGCCUACUUCCUGUGAAAGCCUGGUUAAGAGUAACAGUCUGGCUGCAGCUUUUUACUUGUUGUCCUGAUGUGUAAAUCACUGACUCGGCCCAGCAUUUACCGCCCGUCCCAAAUCACUCGCCUUUUUAUGAACUACUGCAGUCCAUGAUCUGUCUGUCGACCCACAAUGUUGUUCCGAUGACUCGAAAACCUCACUCUGUCCUCCCACAGAUGCUGCGUGACCUUGUUGACUUUCAUCAGCAGUUUCUGUUUCUGUUUCGCAUCUCCAGCGUCUUCGUUUUGUUUUGAUGUCGAUAAGUGGUUAGUUCUAGGAUUUUGACACAGCAGCGCUGAAUGAACAGUAGUAUGUUUCCAAGUCAACGUGCUGAGUGGGUCGAGGGGAACCUACAAGUGUUCCCAUGUAUCCACUGCCCUCUUCCGUCUGGGCAGGAGAGAUCUGACACGGGAAUACUCACUGAAUCAUUACAUGGUGUUCGGCAAUCUUACUGAGUAGCCCCUGUCCAUAUGCAUCAAGACCUGGACAGUAUGCAAGUUUGGGCAGAUAGCUGGCAAGCAACCUUCAUGCUACAAGUGCCAGACCAUAACCACCUCUAAGAGAACUUAACUAAGGUCAUUGCUGAUCCUGCACUAUCAAAAUCGUGGUGGGGGUAUAACCAUUGAUUAGAGACUGAACUGGAUCAAACUUAUAAAAGAAUGUGUCGAAAAGGACAGAUCACAAUGUGUGUUGCAAGGAAACACGUGGUCUUCCUGAAGGAUCUCCUGUGAGAAGUUCCUGUCUCUCAGGGUUCCAGCUCCUCAGCCAUCACCAUUAAAGAUGAACAAACUACCAUUAGCUGCAGCUCAUAAUCCUGAGCCUGAAACCCUCACCUGGGAUGGGGACAAUUCAUAAUACUCCUGGUACCCUGGAGACUGACCUUCAUACCCUGAAGAGAGAAAAGAAAGACCAAAACAUUCGUAGAAAAUGGAAUUAUCUUUUUUUUGGAUUUCUAUCUGGUACUGAUAGUGAUGACUUUUGUAUACUCUGAUUUCACGAAAUUAUAAAGGACAGGUUUGCAGGCGAUAAACCCUUGAGCCAAACACCACAUCAGGAGCAGAAUAAGAUUGGCCUUUUAAUAUGCAGGAAGAAAGCACCGCUCACCAUGUGGAAAAAUCGCACACGUGCUCAGAAUGUGGACAAGGCUUCCGUCAAACAUCCGCUCUGUCAAAGCACAAACGCAUUCACGACAUGGGGAGAUAUUCCUGUGAUGAUUGUGAGAAGCAAUUCAAUUCCUUAUCCAACCUGGAUUCCCAUCGGCGCUGUCACUCCGAGGAAAGACCAUUUACCUGCUCCACCUGUGGGAAGGCAUUCACUUGGUCAUCCAGCCUUGCGGCGCACCGGCGAGUUCACACUGGGGAGAGACCGUUCACGUGCUCAAAGUGCGACAAAGACUUCACUUUUUCAUCCAACCUGCUGAGACACCAGCGAGUUCACAGUGAAGAGAGGCCGAUCACCUGCUUUGUGUGUGGGAAGGGAUUCAAAAAUUCAGCUGGCCUGCGGAAGCACGAGGUCAUUCAGACCGAUGAGAAACCAUUCGAGUGCUCCGAUUGUGGAAAGAGGUUUAAGCAGUCAUACCACCUGCAGGCCCACCAACGCAUUCACACCAGGGAGAAGCCAUUCAGCUGCUCAGAGUGUGGGAAGGGAUUCAGUCAGCACACUAACCUGGUGGAGCACCAGUGGAUUCACAAGAAAGAGAAACCUAUUAAAUGUCCUGAAUGUGGAAAGGAGUUUCCGCAUUCCUCCCACUUGAGAGCGCAUCAGCUCGUUCACACGGGUUAGAAACCAUUCACCUGUUUUGUGUGUGAGAAGGGAUUCAAUAAUUCAGCCACCCUGCUGAAACAUCAGCUUGUUCACAUUUGACACAUGAGGUUUGCAUACUACUGCUCUAACUGAUAAUCACAACCAGACUGAACUGGAUUUAUUCAGACAGUCAGGGUUUAUUCCUGCUGGUGGUAAACAUCCCAACACCUGCACUGGGAUUUAAUAUUCUAGACUUGACAAAGGUGGAGGUACAGGAUUAUUUUUUAAAAGGCUUACUUCCAUUAUAUGCAAAUGUUAGGGCUGCCAUGACUAAUGCAGCAGAACAUGGCUGACAGUAGUGUUUGGGAAAUUCCAUAAGCUCAAGGAUAGCAGUAACUGUUGAGACACAAGACCUAGAUAAUAACAUUUCACAUUGGAUAACAAUAGCAGCUCAAGUUGCAGUUGACACAUAAGACAGAGUUAAGAACAUCCCACACUAAUUGGUUGUUUAAUCAAUAAUUUUAGAGAUAGAUUCCGAAUUAAUUAUAGAUCCAAAUAUCAUUGAAGGAAAAGAUUCAAACCAGUUUCAGACGUAACUGGGGAAAAUGAAUUAUAGGUACAGAAAGUAAAUUGAAUCAAAAAUCAGUAUUCUUUUAUAUUCCCUGUAUUGAGAAAUUUAACGAAUUGGCAGUUAACAGUGCAGUUGGCAAAUGUUACUUGAAUACAGUAUCCAUUGUGAAAAGCCUCAAGAAAGGAGAUAAGAAUAUAAGAACCAGGAGCAGGAGUAAGCCAUCUGGCCCUUCAAGCCCGCUUCUCCAUUCAAUAAGAUCAUGGCUGAUCUUUUCGUGGUCUCAGCUCCACUUACCCAGCUCUCGCCAUAUCCCUUAAUUCCUUUGUUGUUUAAAAACAAAUCUAUCUUAGCUUUAAAAACAUUUACUGAAGUAGCAUCAACUACCUCAAUGGGCAUGGAAUUCCCUAGAUUUACAACCCUCUGGGUGAAGAAGUUCCUUCUCAAUUCAGUCUUAAAUCUGCUCCUUCUCAUCUUGAGGCUAUGCCCUCAUGUCCUAGUUUCACCUGCCAGUGGAAACUUCUAUCUUAUCUAUUCCCUUCAUAAUUUUACAUGUUUCUAUAAGAUCUCUCUCAUUCUUCUAAAUUCUAAUAAAUAUAAUUCCAGUCCACUCAUUCUGUCCUCAUAAGCCAACCCCCUCAAUUCCGGCAUCAACCUCAUGAACCCCCCUUUCAUGCCAGGACAUUCUUUCUCAAGUCAGGAGACCAACAUUGCACGCAGUAUUCCAGGUGUGCCCUCACCAGCACCCUGUACAGCUGCAACAUAACCUCCCUGCUUUUAAGGAGAAAAAUUAAGGAGAAAAUUCUAUUUGUCUUAUUUACCGACGCCACCUGUGAUUCAUGCACAAUUGCUGCAAUUUCUUACCAUUCAAGUAAUAAUCCUUUUUACUGUUACUCCUAUCAAAAUGGAUGACUUCAUGUUUAUUAACAUGAUAUUCCAUCUGCCAGACCUUUGCCCACUUACUUAAAGCGUCUAUGUUCCUCUGCAAAGUUUCACAGUCCUCUGCACACUUUGCUCUACCACGCAUCUUGAGUGUCAUUCACAAACUUUGACACAGUACACGUGGUCCCCAACUCCAAAUCAUUUAUAUAAAUUGUGAAUAAUUGCAGUCCAACACUGAUCCCUAAGGCAUACCACUAGUUAUUGAUUUCCAGCCAGAAUAGCACUCAUUUAUCCACAUUCUUUGCUUGCUGUUAAAUCAAUCAAUCCUCUAUCCAUGCUAAUACUUUACCUAUAAUGCCAUACAUUCUUAGCUUACGCAGCAGUCUCUUGUGUGGCACCUUGUCAAAGGCAUUUUGGAAGUCUAGGUACACCGCUUCCAAUGGGUCCCUGUUGUUCACCUUGCUCGUAAUGUCUUCAUACUAUUCCAAAAGAUUUGUUCCGCAUGACCUGCCUUUCAUGAAUCCAUGCUGCAUCUGCCCAAUGGGACAAUGUCUAUUGAGAUACCCUGCUAUUUCUUCCUUGAUAAUAGACUUAAGCAUCUUCCCCAGUACAGAUGUUAAGCUAACCGGUCUAUAAGUUCCCCAUCUUUUUUUUCUACCUCCCUUUUUAAUCAGUGGUGUCACAUUUGCUGUUUUCCAAGCUGCUGGGACUCCCGCAGGGUCCAGCGAAGUUUGGAAAGUUACCACCAGUGCACUUGCUAUUUCUCCCGCCAUCUCUAAGUACCCUGGGAUGCAUUCCAUCAGGGCCAGGAUACUUAGUUCCAUUAGCUUGCCCAACACUACCUCUUCCGUAGUAAUUGUUUCCUUACUGGCAUGUUAUUAAUGUCCUCCGCUGCGAAGGCUGACACAAAAUACCUGUUCAGUGUCUUGGCCAUUUUAUCAUAUCCCAUAAUUAAAUGUCCGUUCUCAUCCUGUAAAAGACCAAUGUUUACUUUGGCCACUCUUUUUCAUUUUAUAUAUUUAUAGAAGCUUUUGCUAUCUAUCUUUUAUAUUCUGUGCUAGUUUUUUCUCAUGUUCCAUCUUACUUUUCUUUACAGUGUGUGUUUUGUGGCUUUCUGUUGACCUUUAAAGUUUUCCCAGUCUUCUAGCUUCAUGCUGUUCUUGGCCUUCUCUUUCAAUUUGAUAGCCUCGUAAAGAGUCUGGAAAACAUCAUGAACGACUGGGGGUGGACCACAAGCCUGUGUAUUGCUUUAUCAUUUUGCUGACGCAAGCUUAAAUUGUAUUAAAAUGCUGUACCUGAGAGCCAAUUACAGAGGGACAACUUGGCUCCAUUGACCAAUAGUAAUCAAAGGGGGAGCAUAUGCGCUCUGAGCUUGAAGUGUAUAAUUAAGACACUCUGAAGCUUUUAAUGUGCCCUUUUUGCCCUUGUCCCUUUUUGCUGUAUGCUGUAACUACGCUGUAAAUCGCAAUAAAGGUCACCUGAAUCCGU